CACGCAGCUCGCAGCGCUGAUGCAACUAAGCUGCAACAAUAGCCUCGUAUCUCCUGGGUAGCAAAAAGUGUUCUUCCUCGGCGUAGCAAAUUAAAUAGUCCCGUUGAAUCCAUACGUCGUCAUUACGUCUGGUUUCUCUCUUGUUUGAAAAUCCAUGUUUAAGAACUAUAUCACAGAGUGUAUAUGUGUUAUUAGGAAUGAUGCCACUUUUGAAGAGACUUCUGGUGUUUAACGUGUAAGAGAGCACACAAGAUGUUUAAGUAUUUUUUUUUUUUACUUAAAGAGAAGGUCUGGAUAGUUAAGAACAUAUGAUGUAGGCGUUGUUUACUAUGGCGGAACGUCUGCGAGGGCUGUGUGCAGUCCGGGCGGAGGGAUCUGUAGGACCGGCACACAAGCGCAUGACGCAGCCGGUUGCUAGGUGUGGAUGACCUGAUGAUGAUGCUUUCACUCAAUUAAGCUUAUUCUCAGUCAUCAACUCCAUCACAACAAAGCAAGAGCAGCUCCACUUCUGUUCUGGCCACUCACUCCGAAGGAGACAUGGCUUUUUGAUUCAGCAAUCGCGUCGACUCUUCACCAAGCGCCGUGCUUUGCUGUAGCAACGCACCUCAAACUCAAAAAACAUAAUGGAGUUUCAUAAUGCAUACCCAGCCCUGUUUUCUGUGGCUCAACUCACUAACGACGCUAUCGUGCAUCACAAGCUCGGACAGUUAAAUCGUAAAAUCAUCGGACAGAAUGAUGGCAAUGUCAGCGCCCAUAUGGAAGGCUCUACUUGGAUGCCCGGCAGACCCCCUCGCUCUCUCUCACCCACAGGCUAACCACAGCCAAUUGGAGAGGCGCAGAGGGGAGGGGCCAGAGGAGAGCCAGCACUUAAUUGGUGAUGGUCUCAGUGACUGGAUGACGGAAGAAGUGGAUUUCUCCUCGUACCUCCCAACCCCUCACUCCUCUCCCUCCCCCAAUGCAUCCCUUCCCCCUUCGCCCCUCCAGCAUGACAUCCAGGUGCCCUCUGAUUUGGAGGUCAUGACAUCUCUACUGCAGGAAGAGCUUGCUCAGCUGGAGGAUUACUUCCUGUCUGACCCGCUCCCAGAGAAAGUCUCCAAACUGGGCAAAUGCGACAAGGGGCCACCACCAGUGGGCCCCUCAUCAUACUACCAGUUGCCCUAUGCAUCAUAUUCUGCUUCUAGCCAAUCAGAAUCUAGCCCCCUACUUGUUACCCUAGCAACUGGGGAACUAGACCUGCUGAGCUUUUGUGGGGGUCCCAUUGGCCGAUCAAAGAUGCCUAGACACACCCCUUACGGUUGCAGCCGUCCAAAUGCCAACGUAUGCAGCCGAAAGAGAGUUUCCGAUGGGGCGAAGGUGAAUGAAGGCUUUGAGAAUGGCAUCUGGAGUUCCAAAGGAAAUACCUCAGGUAACUCAGCUGUUGCGCAUAAUGGUAGCUACAGCUGUGUGGAGGAUGAACGGGUGGUGGGCAAAGGGUACUGCUUGGGUAGUGCGGUGGAGAUCCGAAGAUGCGCCAUUUUACCAAAAGAAGAAAAGAACUGCCGCUAUUCAGAUGAUGCCAUUGGUAUAAGCAAAGUUGUAAGCAGCAGUUAUGGCUUUGGGGGAUCCAUUCAAGUCCCACACAAAAAAGAAGAGAUGAUGAUGUAUGGUGUCAGAGAAGUCAACAUGAAUGGAAUGGAUGGAACUGGAGAGAUGGAGAUGAUGAGCGAAGGCAAAGCAUCCAUUGGCGAUGUGGUCAAGGCUAACAUGCCCUGGAAGUCCGAAUCCAGCGAAGGGUGCUAUAUUCAAGGAAGACCCCAUGAUGAGGCCUACCACAACUUCCUAGGGUCCAUCAACGAGCCAAUAAAAGCAGAAGGUGUCGAGAUGCACCGUCAACAUAAUGACUAUCACUGCAGCUUUCUGGAUGGUCAAGGCCCUGACUGCUUGAGUGGAGACAGACACGGACACGAAAUAGGUGCUCAUUGCCCCAGAGGUGUCUGUGCACUGAAGGAAGAGCCCUGCAUUGUGAAAUCAGACCUGGAUGGCUCCCUAAUGGAAAACAACCAAGGUGAACGUAAACAGAAGAAGAGAGAUCAGAACAAGACUGCAGCUCACAGGUAUCGGCAGAGGAAGAGAGCAGAGUUGGACUCAUUGGAGGAGCAGCUUCAUGGGCUGGAGGGAAGAAACCGAGAACUUCGAGACAAGGCAGAAUCGGUGGAGCGAGAGAUCCAGUACGUGAAAGACCUUCUGAUCGAGGUGUACAAGGCCCGCAGUCAACGCCUAAAACAAGAGGCCAGCGCCUGACCUGAACUUGGUAGCCUGACAAUUGAUGAUUGUUCUGCAAGUAGAAUUGAUAGUGCUCUAAAUAUGGAUCGGAAUUUAAGUUGGAAUGAUUUCUGAUCGAAUGUCUUUUUUUCCUCUUGAUUUUGGAUAGGGGCGGGAGGGUAUUCUCUUGCACGUUAUGUUAACCAAUUAUUUAUUUUUCGUUACAAACUGACAAGUCCAUCAACAGCUGCAGCACAAACUUCCACUUUUUUCAAUUCCAACGCAAAGUCAAAUAAAUAUGCACUGUGAUUCUGUCAUGGGUUAAAUGGCAGUUGGCUUUUGUGUGGGCCUCCUUUUUUUUUUUUCCAAGAAUAGAUAAAACGGGUCCUAUUUUCAUGUCCUUUUCGGAAUUGAUGUUAACACUGAACACACAAUCAAAUGAAAGCACAUUAUUUUUAGUUUACACAAUGCUAUAACUUAGUAUCAUGACCUGCACCAAUUUUAAUUUAUUAAAACAGAGAAUUUUAAUGUU